AGCAAGGGCGUGCUGGUGUUUUGUGCCGUACAAUAUCCGUCAGCUGGAGACGUUUCUUGGGUUCUCCAAAAGACAGUUUAAGCGCUGCUUGAUAUUUUGAAGCCGCUAGGUUAAACUAUCUUUUAAUCCUUACAUCUUUCGAAGUGCUGACUGUGCAAAAGUUUGACUACCGUUUGCGAACGCUCCAGCAUAAUGGGCACAUGGGCAGGCACUGCUUAUUGAAGUUACCCUAAUUUGUACCCAUUGACUUCAAACUUGUUUUACGGCGCAGCGUCUUACUUUGGUGAAAAUGGUUGUCACAGCCCAAGCGCCGUUUGCGGAUCUGGAGGACACGCCCAUGUUCCGAAUGAAGGUAUCGGAGCUGGAGGGCGGGUGUCGGCGGCUGCGUGAGCGUGUGGCGGGGCUGGUGGCGCACUACCGGCGCUACCGGGAUGCACUGGUGGCGCUGUGCAAGGCGCAGGCAUCCUUCGUGGGCGGCCUAUCGGAGUUCUUUUCCGGGCCGGAGGGGGAGGAGCUCACAGGCGGUAUCCCUGUGUCCAAGUACCUGGGUACCCUGGGGGAGUCCAUCACCUACUUCGACCUGCUCAAAAUACAGAUUGAGUUCGCGGCCGACCAGCUGUCCUCCGAGUGGCUGGGCGAGCUGCUGGUGGGCGCGCGGGAGGCGCACCGGGUGUUCGAGCGCAGCAGCGGGGACCUGGAGGAGGCGGCCGGCAGGUGCCUGGCGCUGAAGAAGGGCACCAAACGUGAGGUCCUGGACCGCGCCCACGCCGAGCUCUCCACUGCCCGCCUGGUAGCCGAGGAGGCGCGCUUCGACGUGGCGCGGCGGCUGUCCUGCGUGGCCUCCCGCCGCCGCUACAGCUUCCUGCAGCUGCUGCUGGACAGCGUGGGGGCGCACCACGCGGCGCUGCGGAGCGGGAGUGAGAUGCUGGGCAGGCUGACACCGCUGGGGGAUGCGGCGAGGGGGGUGGUGGCGGAGGCGAGGGCGGCGGAGGCGGAGGUGCAGGCCCAGCUAGCCCGCGAGGCGGCCCGCUGCAAGGCGCUCAGUGAGGCGGCGGCGGCGGCAGCGGCAGUGACGGCAGCGGGGGACGAGUCGGGGCAUGGACCCGUGCAAAUGUCGGCCGCCAAGAGUGAGGAGGUGGUGGCGGCCGAGGCGGCGCUGCGAGCCACGCGGGCAGCCCUGGCGGCGGGGGAGGCGAACCCGCCUGUGACCGUCAUAAAGCAGGGCUACCUCCUGAAGCGCAGCGGCGGAGGCGGCGGUGCGGGGGGCGGCGGCGGGGGGACCAAGGUAGUGGGGGGCGAGUGGAAGCGGCGCUUCUUCGUGCUGGACAGCCGGGGACAGCUCUACUACUACAGCCACAAGGACACGCUGCUCAACAAGCUCCGCGGAUGCGAGACCCACACCGCCGCCAGCACCGGCGUCAACCUGCUGACCAGCACCGUCAAGCUGGACGAUGAGGCGGAGCCGGGGCUGAGGUUCUGCUUCAGGGUUGUGAGCCCCGGCGGCUGCCUGGCCCUGCAGGCCGAGUGCGAGGCGGAGCGGGCCGCCUGGGUGGCGCUGCUGCAGACCACCACCAGCACCCUGCUGCUGCACACGCCGCUGGGGGGCAGCACCGCUCUCACCUCCUCAGCUGCUGG